CCGGUUACCACCAUGUUGAAGUUGUUAUGUUAUUAUUAUGGUUCCAUUUCCCGUAUAGUUGAAGUUUCCUUCAAAGCAAGAUCUGGUUCUGGUUCUUCCUUCUCUCUUCUCUUCCUGCUGCACUUGUUGUGGUCCUCAACACCAAGUACCUUGGUUUUGCAGAGAGAUCUGAGAUUCUCAUGUGAACAAGUAACAGGAAUUACAAAUGGGGAAGAAAGGGAGUUGGUUUUCUGCAGUCAAGAAAGCUUUCAGUCCAGGUUCCAGAAAAGAUAAGCAGAAAAGCCACAAGUCAAAGAAAGAAUGUAUCCAAAAGGAUUCAGAACUAGCAUCUGAAGAAGCACCGGUGGUUGUUGCUCCCACUCUUCCAUCAAUACAAGAUGCUAAAUUAACCGAGGCGGAGAAUGAACAAAACAAACAUGCUCUUUCUUUGGCUUUUGCCUCUGCUGUGGCUGCAGGGGCGGCUGUUGCUGCUGCUCAGGCUGCUGCAGAGGUUGUCCGUCUCACGAGUAUGCCUCAUAACCAUGGAUUGACCAAGGAAGAAAUAGCUGCUAUCAAGAUUCAGACGGUGUUCCGUGGAUAUUUGGCAAGAAGGGCAUUGCACGCUUUGAGAGGUUUGGUGAGGUUGAAAACAAUUAUACAAGGGCAAUCAGUUAAACGGCAAGCUAAUAGCACCUUACGAUGCAUGCAAACUCUAGCAAGAUUGCAGUCUCAGGUUCGUGAAAGGAGAAUCAGAAUGUCUGAGGAGAACCAGGCUCUUCAGCGGCAACUACAGCAGAAACAUGAAAAAGAACUUGAGAAAUUGCAAGCUUCUGUUGGAGAAGAAUGGGAUGAUAGCUUGCAGACAAAGGAGCAAAUUGAGGCAAAAGUGUUGCAAAGGCAAGAAGCUGCUUUGAAAAGAGAGAGGGCUUUGGCCUAUUCAUUCUCACAUCAGCAAACAUGGAAGAACUCAUCAAAAUCAGUAAAUCCCACAUUUAUGGACCCAAACAAUCCCCACUGGGGCUGGAGUUGGCUAGAGAGAUGGAUGGCUGGAAGCAUUAUGGAUCACAAUGAUCAUGCAUCAGUAAAAAGUUCAGCAAGCCAAGCAAUUUCUACUGGAAAAAUCACCAAAUUGUAUUCCCCUUCUGCCCAAAAAGCAAAAAAACCUGCUGCCACUUACAAUUCCCCGUCAACCCCGGCCUCAAAGGCCCCAUCUUCAUCAUCUGUUAAUGGAAAGGCAAGGCCAUCAAGCUCAAAAGGCAGUGCUUGGGGUUUGGAUGUUGAUGACUCAAGAAGUUUGCUCAGUGUUCAGUCGGAACGUUAUCGCCGAUACAGCAUUGCGGGAUCCUCGGUGAGAGAUGAUGAGAGCCUUGCAAGCUCACCAGCUUUUCCAAGUUACAUGGCACUCACAAGCUCAGCAAAAGCCAGGUCCAAGAUGCAAAGGAGUGAUAAAGGAGCUUCUGCUCUUUCUGCAAGAAAGAGGCUUUCUUUCCCUGCUUCUCCAUCUAUUUCAAGAAGGCAUUCUGGUCCUCCUAAGGUGGAAAUGUUUUCCAAGAAGGAUGUUGCCACUAUCAGUUGAGAGAAAGGAAGCAAUGGAGGGAGAAGACAGUGCAUGUUUAGAAAUUCUUCUAGAAUUGAUUCUAAAGCCAAAAUCAAUUUUGGGUGCAAGAAUUGAUUCUAAAGAAAAAUAAGCUGAUCCAAACAUGCUAUUAAUAAAAGUUGGUGUAGAGUAUGAUAGUUAUUUUUCCUCUUCUUGUUCAACCCCCCCUAUUGUGUGUGCCUUGAGGAGUUAGAUAGAGAUUAAGCUUUAGCUUCUCAGUUUGUUCAUACAGUUAUCUUCACAGUCAAUGUCAAACAUCUUUUACGGUGCUUCUUAACCACUCUAUCUAGCAGGAUUGGUUCUAGGAGUUAUACUAGUUUGCUGACACUCUGAGCCUCUGAUUUGUGUUUAAUUUUCUGUAACCUUUUAGGGAAGUAUGUUGCUAAUGUUCUUUGUAUUUUUUAUUUUUUUCAUUGUAAAUUUAUCUAAUUCUGGAUUAUUGGUUUGGUUCAGACUCUAACCAUAUGAGUUGUAUUCUAAUGAUGAGACAAACUACAAUACUAGUUGUGUUCUUAAAA